AUGGCGGCCGUGACCGCUUACGCCGACUAUGACCACCGCCAGCGACCAUCGGCGCGCCCGCGACCAUCCAACUCCAACCUACGCGCCAGUGUCAACUCACCGCGAAGUCCGCAUACGCCCAUGCUGGGUCGCAGCAUCUCCUCCCAGUAUGGCAGUCCGAGUGCUUUCCGUGCAGAGCAGGAAGAUGUCUUGAUCUACGAGCUCGAUCAACGGUACUUCUCCGCCGGCUUUGCGGGAGAGAGCAAGCCACGAUGUAUAAUUCCCUUCACGCCGGAUGCUGGUCGCAGAGUUGGAGACUUUCGUCCAUACCACCCCGACUAUAAGCAAAACUCUCGGCAUUUCAGGCUGAGGGAGAAGUGGGCGGCGGGCUACUAUCUCUACAAGAGAGACUGUCGAAAAACGGAUCUGGGUUUGAUGGAGGACAUGCUGGAGAGAGCCUUCAGGACUGCACAAACAGACUACUUACAGGUCGAUUCGAAGCCACGCAAGGUCGUUCUCAUAGUGCCAUCUCUGUGCCCAGCGCCAUAUAUAUCAGUCGCUCUGAAGAUCAUCUUUGCCCACUGGACUCAGCCGCCCUCCGUCUCUCUGCUAUCGAACACGAUUAUGUGCUGCGUGAGCGCCGGCCUCCGCAAUGCGCUCGUGAUCGACGUUGGCUGGCAGGAGACUGUCGUCACCGCAAUUGGAGAGUACAAGGAAGUUGCACAGAGGAGGUCUGUGCGUGCGGGACGAAAUUUGACCAAAGAAAUGCGCAACAUCAUUGAAGGCUCCGUGCCUAGCGAGGAUGAGGUCAAAGUCACUUUUGAAGAGGCUGAAGACAUUACACAACGUAUGGCGUGGUGUCAACCCAGAAUUACAGACGACUCCGAAGAACCGACACUCGUCCAGUUGCCAGUGCCUGGAGGCCAGCCAACCGAGAAGUUUUCGCUUCUCUUUGAGAAACUUGCCGAGCCGGCAGAGACAGUCUUGUUUGCAUCUGGCACCAAAUCGGCUGACCAUGACGACCACGAAUUGCCAAUUCAUCUGCUCGCACAUCAACUCUUGCUUUCCUUGCCCGUUGACUUGAGGUCACUCUGUAUAAGUCGAAUAGUACUGACAGGUUCCUAUGGCAAUCUUCCCGGCCUGAAGAAACGUCUGCUUCAAGAGCUGCAACAUCUCUCCUCGGAGCGUGGAUGGGACGUGGUGUGCAACUAUGGCAGUGCAAAGGAGCGCAUCACUCCUGCACUCAAGGAUCGGUCGCCCAACGUUGCCAAUGUGCAUUCGGGGCUGGAGACUGUUACCAGUCCGGACAUUCAGCUCAGCCCGUACAACAAACCAAUCCAGGAUUCUACACCGACCAUGGCUCGCGUGCACGACGACAUCAAAGACCCAAUCACUUUGAAGGCGGAGAAGGAACAAGCGAAGGGGCGCCAUGAGGCUGUCAAAGGCAUCAUAAGGGGCGUCGAAAGUCUCGGAGCAUGGGCAGGUGCAAGUCUCGUGGCAAGCCUCAGGGUGAAAGGCGCUCACGAGGUGGAACGUGAAGAUUUCCUCAAGAAUGGACUCAAAGAUCAAGGAGAUGGGGUCUGA